AUGCUAUUCGACAAGGGAGCGAAUGUCAAUGCUCAGGGUGGAUACUAUGGCAACGCUCUUCAGGCUGCUUCUUAUGGAGGACAUAUCGAGAUAGUACAGAUGCUAUUCAACAAGGGAGCAGAUGUCAAUGCUCAGGGUGGAGCAUAUGGCAACCCUCUUCAGGCUGCUUCUAAAGAAGGGCAUGUCAAGGUCGUACAGAUGCUGUUAGAAAAGGGAGCGGAUGUCAAUGCUCAGGGUGGACGAUAUGGCAACGCUCUUCAGGCUGCUUCGGAUGGAAGACCAGCUAAACGCGUCAAGCUCAAUAUCGCGGAUCAUGGUUAA